AAAAAAAAAAAAAAUUCUAAGCAAUGGGAGAAGUACAAACGAAAAAUACCUUAAAAUAACUGAAAUAUUAUUAUGUUAAUUUUCUUUGCACGUUAAUAAGGAGACUGAAACAAACAGAAGGUCCUUCGAAAGAUCAUCAUCGUCAAGACUCAACAACAACAACAACAACAAUAACAACAACAAACUGCUAAGAGAAAAUUGAGAAAGCUUUGAAUUUUGAUCAAACUUUGAAAUAUAGUUGAGUUGACUCUACUUUUCCCCCCUAGAGAAGAGAACUACCACCCAAACAAAUCUGUCGUCCUCUCUCUCCUAAUAUUCUCUAAUUAGAUGAUUCUCUCAAGCGGAAAAAUAUAAGGCAAAGAAAGAAGUCAAAUUUUGAAUCCUUUUCUGUUUCGUGUUGCUUCAAAAGGACAACAAUUUGAAGACUUGAUCUUAGGGUUUGGAAAAGGCUGCGAAGAUGAGUGACAAUUUGAUGGAGAAGGUCAGUGCUUUUGGCGAACGCCUCAAGAUUGGAGGUGCCGAGGUGGGUCGAAAGAUGAGUGCAGGCAUGAGCUCAAUGAGCUUCAAGGUGAAGGAGCUAUUACAAGGUCCUAACCAAGCCGAUAAACUUGUCGAGGAUGCCACUGCAGAGACGCUUGAUGAGCCUGAUUGGGCCAUGAAUCUUGAUAUCUGUGACAUGAUCGAUCAUGAAAAAGUUAGUAGUGUUGAAUUGAUUCGUGGCAUAAAGAAGAGGAUCAUGAUAAAAAAUGCUAGGGUACAGUAUUUAGCCUUAGUGUUGCUUGAAACAUGUGCUAAGAAUUGUGAGAAGGCUUUCUCAGAGGUGGCGGCUGAGAGGGUUCUUGAUGAAAUGGUAAAGUUGAUUGAUGAUCCUCAGACUGUCGUCAAUAAUAGGAAUAAAGCUCUAUUGCUCAUUGAAGCAUGGGGAGAGUCAACCAGUGAACUGCGCUAUUUACCUGUUUUUGAAGAAACAUACAAGAGUUUAAAAUCAAGGGGUAUCCGGUUCCCUGGUCGUGACAAUGAGAGUUUAGUGCCUAUCUUCACCCCACCUCGUUCUGUGUCGGCACCAGAAGUGGAUACUAGUCUUGCACGGCAGAUUGAGUAUGAUAUUCCUCUGCAAAGCUUUACAGCUGAACAGACAAAGGAAGCAUUUGAUGUGGCAAGAAACAGCAUAGAGCUUCUCGCUACAGUGUUGUCCUCUUCACCUGAACAAGAUGCAUUACAGGAUGAUUUGACGACUACUCUAGUCCAUCAGUGUCGGCAGUCACAAUUGACUGUGCAAAGAAUCAUUGAGAAGGCUGGAGAUAAUGAGGCCCUGCUUUUUGAAGCUUUGAAUGUGAAUGACGAGAUCCAGAAAGUUCUCUCCAAGUAUGAAGAGUUAAAAGCCCCAUCAGUGGUUCCAGUUAUACCUGAACCUGCUAUGAUUCCUGUUGCUGUCGAGCCUGAUUCACCUGUUAAUGCGAAAGAAGAUGCGUUGGUCAGGAAACCUGCAGGUUCACGAGGUGGGACUCAUGGAGGGAGCAAUGAUGACAUGAUGGAUGAUCUUGAUGAAAUGAUCUUUGGUAAGAAGGGUGGGGGUACAUCCCAAGUUGUGCAUGACCCGAAGAAACAGCAAUCUUCUAAAGACGACCUCAUAACCUUCUAAGCAACACUAUACCAGGCUAUUUAGGUGCUGAUCACAAAUUGAGUUUGAAUUGAAUUUUAAUUAUUGCAUUCAUAAAAAGUGGGUUGUGGCUUCUCUUUUGCAUGGUACUUCCAUUGUUUUAUGUAUAUUUUCUGUUUUCUGCAAGUUGUUCAUGCUUGGAUUUCGCUAUACAAUUUGCUUUUGGGAGUGAGAUUGUAUGUAUUUUACACGCAUUAUGCUCUUCCAAUGAUUUUGUUGCUGCUUC